AUGGCUGUCGCUAGACCUAUUCGUAUGCUGGCUGCGGCCUGCAUUCUGAUUGUCAUCUUUCUGGUAUUCCAGAUGAAUAAGGAGCCCUCCUAUGUCGGCACGGAGUCGGGUCCAUACGAAGGCAUGAAAUACGAUCCUCUAAAAGAGCCAACCGGCGAACCCGAAGGUUAUCUGUGGCGUGCGGAAGACCAUGAUUAUGCUCCUGACAGCGCCAACUCCGCCCGCACCAAGGCAGCCAUUAUCUCCCUCGUGCGAAACGAAGAACUGAACGAGCUGAUUCCCACCAUCCGGGAUCUCGAGAGAACAUGGAACCACAAAUUCAAUUACCCCUGGAUUUUCUUCAACGAUAAGCCGUUUACGGAGGAAUUCAAGAAGAGGACACAGGCGGAGAUUAAGGCGAAAUGCAUCUACGAACAGAUCCCCACGGAGCACUGGGGUGUUCCUGACUGGAUCGACAUGGACCUUUUCCGCGAAUCCACCCAGCUCUUGAAGGAAAAGGGUCUACAGUACGCUGAUAUGAUCUCCUAUCAUCAGAUGUGCCGUUGGAAUAGUGGCAUGUUUUAUAAACACCCUGCGUUGGAAAACUACCGCUACUAUUGGCGUGUGGAACCCAAGGUUCAGUUCUUCUGCGACGUCGAUUAUGAUGUUUUCCGUUACGUGGAGGACCGCAACAUCACCUACGGCUUCACCAUUAACCUGUUCGAUGCCCCUGAGAGUAUCCCAAACCUCUGGCCCACUACCCAGGAGUUCCUCGCAGCAAAUCCUUCUUACCUCUCUAACAACAACAUGAUGGGAUGGCUCACUGAUGACAAGCUCCGGCCGGAGCACACCCACGACGCGAAUGGAUACUCCACCUGUCACUUCUGGUCCAACUUUGAAAUUGGCGAUAUGGAUUUCUUCAGAGGCGAUCAGUAUUCCGCUUAUUUCGAUUAUCUCGACCGUGCUGGCGGCUUCUUCUAUGAGAGAUGGGGUGACGCUCCUGUCCACUCGAUCGGUGUUGGACUGUUCGCAGAUUCCGCCAAAGUUCACUGGUUCCGAGACAUCGGAUAUCGUCACAUUCCCUAUUUCAACUGUCCCAAUUCCCCCAAGUGUUCCGGCUGCACCCCUGGUAAAUUCUUCGCGGGCGAGUCCUGGCUGGCCAAAGAAGAUUGUCGACCCAGCUACUUCAAACACGUGGGGACUCACUAG